GAUGGCGGAGCGCGGCCAUGGCGCUGGCGCUGGCGCUGCUGUGGCAGGCGCUGGGCCGGGUGUGGCGGAGCCCCGCCAGUAGCGCCCGCCAUGCGCCCCCGAGCCGCGCCAUGGAGCACGACAGGGCCAUCGAGGUCUACGAUAUAAUCCGGACUAUCCGGGACCCGGAGAAGCCAAACACUUUGGAAGAACUGGAAGUGGUGACGGAAAACUGCGUGGAAGUGCAGGAGAUAGGGGAGGAUGAAUAUCUGGUCACCAUCAGGUUUACGCCAACAGUACCUCAUUGCUCCUUGGCCACUCUCAUCGGCCUUUGUUUAAGAAUAAAACUUCAGAGAUGUUUGCCUUUUAGACACAAGCUGGAAAUCUACAUUUCUGAGGGCACACAUUCCACGGAGGAGGACAUCAACAAGCAGAUCAAUGACAAGGAGAGGGUGGCAGCAGCCAUGGAGAACCCGAACCUGCGCGAGAUCGUGGAGCAGUGCGUCACCGAGCCCGACUAGGGACACAGCCCUGCUGCAGCCCAGCUGAUCAAAGCAGCAACG